UGCCAUAAAAUAUAUAUAUUUUCUAGUGGCUGCAGAAUUUUGAAGUUGAUCGUUUCUCUUCUCCCAUCCAUGACCAGAAGAACGAAAUUGCACCUUACUCGCCCAUACACUGCAUGACACCUCCAUUUUCUUCCCUGCACGAGACGCUACUGUCCUCUGCAACCGCCCUUACGUCAUCUCUCUCUCUCUCUCAGCUUCAACACUUUCAUUACCCGACUUCAAGAUUAUCUUCUUAUAACUGCAAUUGGGUUAUUUUGAUUUGAUCUUCUUUUGGAUCGCAUGGACCUGCAAUUGGUGAAAAAGGGUCUUCUUGAUUAUACCGUGAAAAGGAAGAGAUUGAUUGCGCUGUUGGUAUCUCUUGGUUUCUCUACUUGCGUUGCUUAUGGAGUUUAUAACUUGCCCUCAAUUGCUUGCAAGAGAAAACGCAUUUCAAAGCUUUUGGGGGUUAUAUUUUCUAUAGCAGAAGUUGUCUCUGAUUCUGCUGAAACUGUUGGAGUCAUCUCCAAGGAUUUGAAAGAUUUUCUGCAGUCAGAAUCGGACCAAAUUCCCAAUAGUCUCAAGCAAAUUUCUAAAGUUGCAAGGUCAUCUGAGUUUUCAGGAUCUGUAAUUGGCCUUACACAAGCUUUAACUUUGGGGAUUUUGCGAGGUUAUCAAUCCAGUGCAAGGAUUAAUCAUGAUACCACCAAUCCAAGUUUCUUGGAUAAGGUUUUUGAUAAGCUUUCUACUCCUGCUGGGUCUGGUUUUGUUUCUAUUGUUGUUGGAAGCUUUGCUAGGAACUUGGUCACGGCCUGUUAUCAAGAUGGAACAUGUAGUAGCAGUAGAGAGCUCAAUUCAAAUUCAGAAUUGAAUGGUCCUAUCACCAGUGAUCAAGUUGGUUUGGAAAUGAACUCUGUGACAGAAUUGGUGGACGUGGUCUGUAGCCACAAGUGUAAAUCUCUUAUAGGUGAUUGUAUUCAGCUAUUUGUGAGCACUGCAGUUGCUGUAUAUCUUGACAAGACCAUGCACAUCAACACCUAUGACGAAAUCUUUGCAGGAUUGACAAAUCCCAAGCAUGAAAACAAAGUGAGAGAUGUAUUAGUAUCAGUAUGCAACGGUGCUGUUGAGACUCUUGUCAAGACAUCUCAUCAAGUCUUGACAACUGCUGAUUCUGAAGCAAAUUCAAGUCAGGAAUCUCCAAACUUAGCCAUUGAUGAAGAAGAAGAAGAAGAAGAAGAAGGUUCAUCAGAGAAUGAGGAAUCUACAAGCCAACAGAAAGCAAAUAAGUCAAUUGAUAAAGAUGAGGAUGGUGGAUGGAUUAGAAAAGUAUCAUCUACAUUAGCAGUACCAAGUAAUAGAAGGCUUGUUCUUGAUGUAACUGGGAGGAUUACAUUUGAGACAGUUAGAUCUUUCUUGGAGUUUUUGGUGGGGAGAGUUUAUGAUGCAAUAAGAAGAUGCGUUUAUGCAGUUCAUGGAGCUGUUGUUGAUAGUGGACUUGGAGUUGUGAGAUAUGUUACUGCAAAAUCCUCUGUUAUUGCAACCAUAUGUCUUUCUUUGUGCUUGCACUUAUUGGACAGUGCUUGGAUUUUGGUGCCUGCUUAAUUCAUUGAAUGUUUCUCAUUGACAAUCAUUUGUCUGUGCUAACUCUUCAUGUUUGAAAGAUGAUUUUUAUGUAAUCUAAUUUCUUUGUACGGCAUCACAAUACCAACUUUUUCUUCUUCUUUUUUUUUAUUUUUAUUUUUAUUUUUUCUGUUGGAUGUGAUGCCAUGAAAAAUCCUCCUUUUUUCUCCUAUCAUGAUAAGGUUAGCAGACAACAUUAGAAAAUAAAAAGGAUCGGCGUAUCCUUGUCAGGAUUAGAACAAAAUAAGAAUUCAUUAGUUGAUCAGGUUCUUGGUUUGAGUAAAGUUGUAACACUUCUGCCUCUGCAAUAAUAUCAAGGUUCAAUAGCAUCCUUAUUGUUGGAAUGUGACGCUCAAUAAUCAUUCAGCAGAUGAGGUUCAUCAUGCUUUCUGCUUUGAAUAUAUUAAAAAAAAAAAAACAAUUAAUUUAA